AUGCAGAUCUUAAAUCAAAGUCGCGGAAAUUUACGUCGUGCCCUGUUGCUACUCGAGAGCUCAAAAGCUCAAUAUAAUCCACUGCGUGAAGGACAAAAGGUUCCCGAACCAGAGUGGGAAACGUACCUUCGUGAAACUGCAGAUUUGAUUUUGAGGAAGCAAACCGCCGAUUGUUUAAUGCAAGUUCGUGAACGUCUCUACGAGGUGAUUAGUCGAUGCAUUCCUCCUGCGUUGAUUUUCCAGGAGCUACUUCGUCAUCUUUUGGAAUCAACCCCGGCACAAGUGAAGGCUGAAGUGGUCGCUGUUGCAGCUGAACGAGAAUAUGGACUCACAAAAGGGAACAAGGCAAUCUUUCAUCUCGAGGCUUUCAUCUGCGCUUUUAUGGAGAUUUUGUGCCGUGCUCGAGGCGAA